CCACUAGAGCAACACGGAUUCACUUUGCACAAAUCUGCGUUUCGGGAUGCCCUGUGCCUCAGAUACGGUUGGCACCCGUCCAACCUCCCAGACAUAUGUCCAUGUGGAUCUAAAUUCUCAGUAGAUCACUCUCUGUCAUGUCCAACAGGAGGAUACCCCAGCAUCCGCCAUAACGAGGUCCGCGAUUUAUUUACCAACUUGUUGACAGAGGUUUGCCACGAUGUACACAGAGAGCCCGUUCUGCAACCUCUCAACGGCGAGGUGUUUCAAAAACGCUGUACUACCUCUGACGAAAAUGCCAGACUUGAUAUUGCUGUCAGUGGAUUUUGGGGUGGGCACUUCCAACGAACUUUCUUUGACGUCAGGGUCUUCAACCCUAAUGCCUCAUCCUACAAAUCAGUGCAGAUCCCGUCAUUAUAUAAACGGCAGGAACAAGAGAAGAAAAGGCGAUACGAGGAACGAAUUAAUAACGUGGAGCUUUCAUCGUUCACGCCAAUCAUUUUAGCAUGCACUGGAGGAUGCAGUAAACUGACGUCUAUUUUUUUGAAAAGACUAGCCUCACUUUUAUCGGAAAAGCACCACACCGAGUACAGCACAACUAUCAACUGGCUGAGAUGUCGACUGUCAUUUGCACUCCUUCGGGCCUGCGUGAUGUGUUUGCGAGGAUGCAGGUCCAAGCUUCACAGAACCUCAAGGGACUUCAACAUUCUGCUGGAAGCAGCAGAAAGUAGAUUAUAGAAGACUGUUUAUCUCAAAGUUGUUACAACCUAGAAACUUGUUGCUAUAGAGGAAGCUUUUACAUACAGUAGUAGUAUUUUGAAAAAAGUAGUAGAGAUUUUAUUACUAUUAGUAGUAGUAGUAGUAGUAGUAGUUUAUUCAAGUAGUAGUAGUAGUAGUGUGUUAGCAGAUGCCGUUUGAUUGUUCAAAUACACCAGUUCUCUCAGUAGUAGUAGUAGUAGUAGUAGUAGUAGUAGUAUACAUUUCAACAAACUAAAUAACAUACAACACUAUAAGUGACAGAUAUACGCACGCAGCAAAACAAACAAUUAAAAGUCAGUUACUACUUUAUGUCAUUACACUGUAUGCUUAACUAUUAUCACAAGCUAUAGUCACCACCUACUCAUCUAGGUGGGCCUCACUUUCAAUGAGUCCCAGCAGGUCCACUUUGAUAGGUCUAUACGUAGAGGAUCUUGUUCCACGGAUACACA